UGUACGAGCCCCACCUUUACCGUCAGGGAGGGACGACGGCGAGAGGCAGACAGGAGGGCAAAGAAUGAAAGGAAAGAAUGAGUAGGUCUCUGCUAACCUGCUGAUAAAACGCUGAAAACAAUCGUCUCCGCCGCUGACUCCUGACCUCCGUAUCUGGUGAUCUUCCAGUUAACUCGAGUUGGCAGAGAAAUGGGCACAUCGUCAGGAUAAGGGAGUGAUAGAGUUUACUGCAGCUGAACUUCAAGAGUGUAAUUUAGACCCCCAUCCCAAAGGAUUAAAGGAAUAAAGAGCUGCCAUAUCAAAGGAUAGUUGAAAAGAAGGACUGAAUCGUCAUGAGGAUUACUACAAUGAAUAUGGCCUUUUUAUCCAGCAAAUCCCUUUUCUCUUUGCUCCUCUUCUUCUACGUCCCUCUCACCUGUCUGUGCCAGUCGAGCAACAGCAGCUCAGCCAACACCCCGACGACUUCCUCCAACGGUACAAGCCUGAGGGGCGUCAGAGGCUGCGGCCGCGACCUGAACCCCAUAUACAGAUACCUGUGUGACCGCCGGGCGGUGUGGGGCAUCGUCCUGGAGACCCUGGCCGCCUCAGGCUUUCUGUUCAGCAUCGCCCUCCUCAUAGGAAUGCUGAUCUGGUCCAUGUGGAUCUGCUGCUCGAAGCGGCACCACCGCAGCAGCAUCGGCAGCAUCGUGGCCUCGAUGUCCCUGUUCCUGCUGGCCACGGCCGGGAUCUUCGCCAUCACCUUCGCCUUCAUCAUCCGCCUCACCCCGCAGACCUGCCCCACCAGGAUCUUCCUCUUCGGCGUGCUCUUCUCGCUGGCCUUCUCCUGCCUGCUGGCUCGCUGCCUCGCUCUGCUGGGCUUCGCGGCGGCUCGGGGCUGGGGGGAGCCCGCCCUGGCUCUGGGGCUCUUCACCGUGCAGGUCAUCAUCAACACCGAGUGGCUGAUCGUGGUGCUGGUCCGGGACAACAAACCCUGCGAGUACAGCCAGGAGGAGUUCGCCAUGCUGCAGAUCUACGUGCUGUGCCUCCUGGCCGUGGCCCUGAUCCUGUCCCUGCACCUCAUGUGCCGAACCUGCUGCACGUACAGCUACAGCUACACGGGGCCCACCAACCAGCAGCGCCGGGCCCAGGCCACGCUGCUCUUCUUCACCCUGCUGCUCUCCGCCUGCAUCUGGGUGGUGUGGAUCACCAUGCUAACCAGGGGGAACCCCGAGCUGGGCCGCCGGACGAGCUGGGACGACCCAGUGCUCGGCAUCGCCCUGGUGGCCAACGGCUGGGUGCUGCUGCUGGGGUACGGGUUGUCCCAGGUCGCCUUCUUCUGCAGGGGCGAGGCCACAUCAAAGGAUCUCCCGCUGAGCUUUGCGGGUUGGACCAGCCCCAGCGCGGAUAUCCCCGGACUGAACAGCCCCAAGGAAGGGAAAGAAAACGGAAGCUUUGAGAACGACACGGAUAACAGGAGAGGCAGGAGGACCGAGCAAUCGCUGCGAUCGCCCUACGAGUCCGGCUUCUCCAUGACAGACAUCGACCCCGACAGAGAUUACAGCAUUCCUCGCCCCAAAGCCACCAACUACAGCGAACCCUACGACGACUACUACGGACAGGAUUAAAACCGCACGAACUGGCACCAGAAACCAAACGAACUUGUGCACCAAUCAGAAGUGCAAAUGUACAUAUAGAUUUUUUGUUAAUGUUUUCAGCAGAAAAAAGCAGCAGAAAGAAAAAAAAAAAAACCAGGAUCAGCAGCAUGACUCAUCUUCUGGAGCUUCAUCGAGGCUGGAUGGGUUCAGAGAGUCCAGCUUUCUUCUGGCGGGAAAUCCACAUGAUAAAUGCUUUAGUGGACGUGAGUUUCUGUCAUGACGUGUGUGUGUGUGUGUGUUGUAUACACAUUGUGUGCUACUCGGAGAUGGUAUAUAAUAGCCCCGAGGUGACAGAGGAGGCGUGAAACCGUCACUCCGAAGGUGCCAAACUGCCGGGCCGAGCAUCUGUGAACGGCGGCGAGGAGGAGGAGGAAGAAGAGGUGAGAGGAAAGGAAGGAUUAGAUGAGAUGAGACAGGACAGGAGGAGGGUAGGACAGGGCACCCGUCGGUGCUGUGGGAGGCCGGGUGCCAUCACUGAUUAACAUCUUCAUAUUCAGAGGGUUCUGCUGCUGCUGCUGCGCCAAACACAGCGACGUGUUCUGAGGGACGCCUCGCUCCAGCAGCACAUAGUUUAUUGUUUGUUUUUUGCACAUGCUUGUAGAGUCAAUAAAAAGUUAUUCUGGUAAAUUAAUCGUAGCUCCUUGAAGACCUCUCAUCCAAGAGGCUUCAUCGGGUCUGACCGACUAGUCGGGAGCUCCAGAUAUCCUUAAGGAGACAUUAACACCUGAGUUUCAAUGGGGGGUUUGUUGCUCCUCCCGUUCGUGAGGGUCUUCUGUGGCUAGGUGUGGACGUGGUUUCCUCUUCCUGGGGUGAGAUCUUCGGACUGAGCUGUAAACAGGUGAUGCCUCAGACCUCCACCUCUGUUGGAUGAUGGUCUUUCCAGUUCUUCCACUCCUCUCUCAAACCAUCUGUUGUCUUCGAAUGAGUGUCCAAUAAAAAGUUCUUCCAUGAAAGUUA